AUGACCUCUAAGUACGCAUAUAUUCUGUGUGUUCCUUUCAUGAAUUUGACAUUCUUAUCGAGGCAUGGGUCUGAAAGGUUUCGAAUCACAUACUCUUCCUUUGAUACACAAAUCCAGAAGACUUGCAAGACUUUCCAUUUACCCUCAACACAUGACUUUGGUCCCGGGCACGCCACUGUUCAUAGAAAUAGAACAAUAACUGUUUCUUUGAGAGAAAGACGAUGGAGGCUGUAGGUUACAUCAUCGCUAUGGCAGUCCUAGGAAGUUUCAUUAUUGCCACAUUUAUCUCUACUGUGUGUAUGUGUCAAAAGUACAGACGACUUAUUUCCCGACAUCGUAUCAACCUAAAAGAAGAGAAUUAUAACCGGAUAGAUGUCACUCAAGUUGAUCCCGCAGUGUAUGAGCAGCAUAAUGAUCAAGCGAUUGAAGAAUUACCAGAUGUAGCAACCCCCCAAGUCCCCUGUCCGCCAUCUCGUCACUCUGGCUAUAUUGACGUGAAAGAAGCACAUUACCAAACGGCUAGUGAAGCUCAAAGCAAACCAAGUGACUUAGAGAGCCAUUACGCUGAAAUAUGAGAUGAAAUAUGAAAUGAUUGCGGAGUCUUACUAUUCAAAUUAGCAAAGAAGGGAGAGCUAUUGUAAUAUUAAUGUGAUAGAUUUUUACUGUUCUUUGGUGUCAGGCUAACAAUGAAAUGUGAAGUGAACUUUUGUGAACCGUAUUUGUAACACGUCUUUGUUUACAUGUCAAACCAAAGUACAUGUUUACCUUUUAUUUCAGUACUUGAUAUGUUCUCUUAUUGUCAAUGUUUUUAUUUCAUUCUGAAUGUUUGAUCGUGUCUGCCAGAUUUUUAUUUCAAGUUAAAAUUAAUACAAAUGUACACAUAGAAUGAUUGAAAACAAUGUAAACAAUGUCUCCAAAGUCACUUCAAUGUUUUCACUGUUCAAAAUAAUAAUAAUAAUAAGACAUAUGUAUGUAUUUAUGUAUGUAUGCCCCGAAUAAAAAUAAAAAUCAUUUGACCAAAUUUGGUAAAUAUUUGCAUAAAUGUUCCUUGGAUACGAAUGAUAAAACUAACAUAUGUAACAAACUACAACAAACUGAAGACCCUAAAAAACGUUGCCCAACUCUAUAGAGUAUUACAAUGUCAUGGAUAGAGUUCGAACAGCUAUAUUUACAUAAGACAUGGCCAAAAGAUCACAGAUGCGCAGGAUCUAAGACUAAAUGUAAUUCUUAGAUAUACUCUUCGCAAAUAUUUUUUUCUUUGACACACGAAGAUACAAAUUUGGUCUAGCCAUUUAAUUAAUUAAAAUAAUUUAACUUUCAAAUUUAUUUUUCAAAAGCAUUUUUUACAACUAUCCAUCCAUCCAUCCCAGUGGCGCUACAGCCCAUGGAGGGCUCAGGCCUGCAUCAACACAUCCAUCCAUCCCAGUGGCGCUACAGCCCAUGGAGGGCUCAGGCCUGCUUCAACACAUCCAUCCAUCCCAGUGGCGCUACAGCCCAUGGAGGGCUCAGGCCUGCUUCAACACAUCCAUCCAUCCCAGUGGCGCUACAGCCCAUGGAGGGCUCAGGUCUGCUUCAACACAUCCAUCCAUCCCAGUGGCGCUACAGCCCAUGGAGGGCUCAGGCCUGCUUCAACACAUCCAUCCAUCCCAGUGGCGCUACAGCCCAUGGAGGGCUCAGGCCUGCUUCAACACAUCCUUCCAUCCCAGUGGCGCUACAGCCCAUGGAGGGCUCAGGCCUGCUUCAACACAUCCAUCCAUCCCAGUGGCGCUACAGCCCAUGAAGGGCUCAGGCCUGCUUCAACACAUCCAUCCAUCCCAGUGGCGCUACAGCCCAUGGAGGGCUCAGGCCUGCUUCAACACAUCCAUCCAUCCCAGUGGCGCUACAGCCCAUGAAGGGCUCAGGCCUGCUUCAACACAUCCAUCCAUCCCAGUGGCGCUACAGCCCAUGAAGGGCUCAGGCCUGCUUCAACACAUCCAUCCAUCCCAGUGGCGCUACAGCCCAUGGAGGGCUCAGGCCUGCUUCAACACAUCCAUCCAUCCCAGUGGCGCUACAGCCCAUGAAGGGCUCAGGCCUGCUUCAACACAUCCAUCCAUCCCAGUGGCGCUACAGCCCAUGAAGGGCUCAGGCCUGCUUCAACACAUCCAUCCAUCCCAGUGGCGCUACAGCCCAUGAAGGGCUCAGGCCUGCUUCAACACAUCCAUCCAUCCCAGUGGCGCUACAGCCCAUGGAGGGCUCAGGCCUGCUUCAACACAU